AUGCUUAGAUCAAGUCUUCUCCGGUCUACUGCCUCCCACCGUUUGGGAAAAACCCUUGCCAUUGCUGCUUCUGCCUCUCACUUCUCAAAUGUCAUUAAUGUCCUGCUGACAAUUAGAAACUACACUACCCCAAACGGCGUGGUACUCCCUGAUACCAUGAAAGCUGCGGUGUACGAAGGUCCCUUGGAUAUCAUUUGCAAAGAGGUCCCGAUCCCAAAAAUCACCCACCCAGAAGACGCACUUAUCAAAGUCACCCAAUCGUCGAUUUGUGGCACCGAACUUCAUUUCUACCGGGGUCAUUUGGCCACUUCUACCGGUCAUAUCAUGGGCCAUGAAACUGUUGGGGAAGUUAUAGAUGUUGGAUCACAAGUCACCAAUUUCAAACCUGGUGAUAAAGUGAUUUCUUGCUUCACCACCCAAUGUGGGAAAUGUUGGUACUGUGUCCGGGGUUACUCUUCCAAAUGUUACAAUACGGCAGUAUUUGGCACCACUGCCCUUGAUGGCGGGCAAGCUCAAUACCUUAGAAUUCCCCAGGCUGAUGGGACGUUGUUCCACAAACCCCCGGGACUCGAUGAUAAUGUGGCCUUAUUGAUGUGCGAUAUUUUCCCUACUGGGUACUUUUGCGUGUCGAAUUUCACCAAGAAAUUCCCAAAGGAAAGAGUGGAAGAAGCGGUGGCGGUACAAUUUGGAUUAGGUCCGGUAGGACAAUGUGCACUUGCCUCAGCCAAAGAAUUGGGGAUCAAGAAACUUUAUGCCGUCGAUUCCAUCCCUUCACGACUCGAAGUGGCAGAGAAAUUCGGGGCUAUCCCGUUAGUAUUGGGAAAAGAUAAUAUCAAACAAAUUCUUUUGGAUGCCACUGAAAAUCGUGGGGCCGAUGUGGUAUUUGAAAUCGUUGGUAGUAAAGAAGCCAUUGGUAUGGCGUUCGACGUUGUUCGUCCAUUUGGUUACAUAUCGUCUAUUGGCUACCAUCAUGAUGCUUUACCGUUCUCUGGGUUGGAUUGUUAUAUGAAGAAUGUCACCAUCCAGUUUGGUAGAUGUCCUGCUUGGUCAUUGUUCCCAGAGUCGUUGCCAAUUUUGCAAAAGAAUCAGCAUUUAUUCAAAGAUUUUAUCGAUACCAAGAUUGAUAUCGAAGAUAUCAGUAAAGGAUAUGACAUUUUUGAUAAACAUUUGGUUAGAAAAGUUGUUUGUGAACAUCAUCAUCAUCAUCAUUAA